AGUCACAGAGGCUGCUUGUUGACACAUUUCUAGGAGAGGAGCGCAGUGAAUGACUUGUGGGGGCUGUUCCUAAAUCCUCAUCAUCUGCAGCCACAUGAAGUGGGGACACCUAUGGAUCACACAGUAAGCAGAAAGGACACUCUGAUCUUGUGAAGCCCUCCCAGCACUUGUUGGAGAGCCACUUCCCUUACUAAGUAAGGGUCUGCCCAGCACUGCAGAGGUUAAGAAGAUUUCUUAGGACAGAGGAUGCAGCUAGGAGAACAGAUCCUGACCAGCUCUGCUCCUAACCUGCCUCACACUUUUUACCCUUUGCCUGGAGACCCCAGUAGCGCCGCUCAGAGCCCAGGCUUGGACUUCAGCGUUGGACAACAUAAAAGCCAACAGAAGAAGUUCUCCUCCAGAGGCCUUCACCUAGACAGCCCCAGAGAUCCAGGCACCUCCACCCCGGGGAGCGCAAUGCUCAGCGAGGCCACUGAGGGCUUCCAAGCCACCAAGGCUUUACCGGACACCGGGAGGAAGGGAUCCCCGGUAGGAGAAGAGGACCUGAGCUCUGCACCUCCAACCUCGGCUCCACGAUACCUGGACAACUCUCUACAGCCCCCCUCUGAGCGCUACUACCUUCCAUCCCAGGGGCAACAGCCCCAGCAAACAGGGGCAGAGCUGGGCUCCCCUUGCUCCAUCUUCCCUUAUGCUCCACCACAGCACAGCGCGGUGUACCCACCUGGAGGAGCCGCUAGAUACCCCCCUUACAGCAGCAUGCUGCCCCCCGCAGGGUUCUCCCCUCCAGUGUGCCCUUCUCGCCCUCAGUACUCCACCGGUUAUCAGUACAGCCAGGCGCCUGGCACCAUGUACAGCCCGUACCCAUCUGCAGGCUCUGGCAGUGGGCUCAGUGCACUGGGGCUGCCGGGCAGCGGGUCUGGGGUCAGGGCACAGAUCUACCUCUGUAAUCGCCCCCUAUGGCUCAAAUUUCACCGGCACCAGACCGAGAUGAUCAUCACCAAGCAGGGCAGGAGGAUGUUUCCUUUCCUGAGCUUCAACAUCACAGGACUGAACCCCACAUCCCAUUAUAAUGUGUUCGUAGAAGUGGUGCUGGCAGAUCCAAAUCAUUGGCGAUUUCAGGGGGGCAAAUGGGUGACGUGUGGGAAAGCGGACAACAACAUGCAAGGUAACAAGGUGUACGUACACCCCGAAUCUCCCAACACCGGGGCUCACUGGAUGAGGCAGGAGAUCUCAUUUGGCAAACUGAAACUCACCAACAACAAAGGAGCCAACAAUAACAACACACAGAUGAUAGUCCUGCAGUCUCUUCACAAGUAUCAGCCCCGUCUCCAUAUAGUAGAAGUGAGUGAAGAUGGAGUAGAAGACCUGAACGACUCUGCCAAAACCCAGACUUUCACUUUCCCAGAAACCCAGUUCAUUGCUGUCACAGCCUACCAGAAUACAGAUAUUACACAGUUAAAGAUUGACCAUAACCCCUUUGCAAAAGGCUUCAGAGACAACUAUGACUCCAUGUACACCGCUUCAGAAAAUGACCGAUUAACUCCAUCUCCUGCGGAUUCUCCUAGAUCCCACCAGAUAGUCCCCGGGGCCCGAUACAGCGUCCAGCCUUUCUUCCAGGAACAAUUUGUCAACAACCUGCCCCCCACCAGGUACUACAGCGGGGAGAGGACUGUACCCCAGACCAAUGGUCUUCUUUCACCACAGGCCAAUGAAGAAGUGACCAGCGCCCCCCCACAAAGGUGGUUUGUAACCCCGGUUCAACAAGCAGGGGCUAACAAAUUGGACAUGGGUCCCUAUGACACAGACUAUUCUUCUAGCUCUCUUCUCACUUAUGGCAUAAAGUCUCUACCUAUCCAAACUUCACACCCCAUGGCAUAUUACCCAGACGCUGCCUUUGCCUCUAUGACAAGUUGGGGGAGCAGAAGUUCCCCAUAUCAGAGGAAAAUGAGCACAGGUCUACCUUGGUCCUCAAGGUCAAGUCCAUCAGGGUUCCCAGAAGACCUUCUAACUAAAGACAAAGUCAAGGAAGAAAUGGGCUCUUCUUGGGUGGAAACUCCCCCUUCAAUAAAGUCUCUAGACUCAAACGAUUCUGGGGUGUACACAGGGGCAUGCAAAAGAAGAAGACUAUCUCCUAGCACUUCAAGCAAUGAAAAUUCUCCCCCGAUAAAGUGUGAGGACAUUGCCAGCGAAGACUAUAAAGAUUCCUCUAAAGGCUUAGGCUACUAUUCAUUCUACUCUAGUUCAUAAAUAAUUCCUAUCUGUAUUACUAUAUGUAAAGGUUGUAAGUUAUGUUGUUGAUCACACAGUGGACCAUAGUGUUUAAUGCCAAAAAGUGUGGCUUUGACUUUGAUCCAGAGAACUCAAAAAAAAUAAAUAAAAAAAAACAAGAACUGAUGCCCAAUGUUCUCUGGACCGAUGGUACCGAAACCUCUGAGUGCUGCAAGAUCCAACCUGUCACAUCCUGAACUCUAAACUUGACAGUAUUUGGUUUAUUUGAAAAGUGAAAAAAAAUCUACUCCUUUUUUUUAUGUGAUUUAUUUAUGAGGAGAGACCUUUGUACAGAUCGUGUAGAUAUUGCAUAUUGUGGAGUUUAAUAUAUUGUAUGCAUCUAUGUGUCUUUGUUUUGAUUGAUCACAAAUACAUUUUAACUGCACUCAUCUGUUGUACAAUUUGUAUUGGUAGUACACAAAAAAUAUCUAUAAAAAUAGCCAUUCCAGAAUGUAUUUCUACCAUGUCUUGGAAAUGCUACCAAUAAAGGAAUAUUGUAAAAAUGUAUAAAGUGCAUUAUGGAUCUGGAAGAAAUUGUCAGUUUAAUUAUUUUCUGUAUAUAGUGCUUGGUCAUUUUUAAUAAAUGUCUUAGC